CCGUAGAUUCCCGCAGAUUCGCUGUCGGCUGUCCCGAUGUUACAAGCGUGUUUCACACUAACCUAAACCUUUGUUUGAGUAUUUUUAGUGGGAUAUUUCGAGACGAUAAUGCUGGAUGGUUGCGCUCAUGAAAUUCACCAGAGAUAUAUGCAGGCUGUUGGGACUCGGGAGCGGCCCCCCUGUCCAGCAGCAGCAGGAGCAGAUGGACUGUGGUGCCGCAACCCCUGACCCAAGUGAUGAUGCCACUUUGUCACAGGAUGCAUUAAAUGGAGAGGAGGAUUUGAGUGAAGAGGAGAAGGUCAGACGGAGGGCGGAGAGACGCAAAGCCAAGAGGAAGCGCCGUCGAAAACGUAAGAAGCAGGAGCAAGUUAAGCCAAACGAGAGUGCUGAACGGGAUGAUGAGGACGAGAAUGGAGGUGCAGAGUCUGAACUGGAUGAGAGCGAGUCAGAAGCAGAAGUCGGUGCUGACGAGGAGAAAGAAAGGGUGCAAAAAGUGGAGGAAAAUGAGGCAGCUGCCUCACACAAGUACGUUGCCACCCCAGUCAUGGCUCCUUCAGGAAUCAAAGGACAGCAGAAGACCCAAGCCAGAUCCACUGAAGAGGAGCCAGAGUGGGAUGUGAGCAGUGCCUUCUUUGCUAAUGCUGCUAGCCAUAUCAAACCCAAAGGAUCAAGUCGCAAGUCCAAAGAAAACAAAGAGAAUGAGACAAAUGGAACUGACACCAUGACCAAGAAAAGCGCAUCGCUGACAGCAGAAAAAGGGAUAAAGCUGGUGCAAGAGGGGCUGUACACACAAGCAGUCAGUAUGUUUACAGAAGCCAUCAAAUGUGAUCCAAAGGACAACAGAUUCUUUGGGAAUCGUUCCUAUUGUUAUUACUGCUUGGAGCAGUACACUGAGGCCCUGGCAGAUGCUGAACGCUCCAUUCAGCUGGCUCCAGACUGGCCCAAAGGACACUUCCGCCAGGGCAGUGCUCUCAUGGGCAUGAAACGGUACAGUGAGGCAGAGAAAGCUAUGGAGCAGGUGCUGAAACUGGACAAAGACUGUGAGGAGGCUGUCAUUGAGCUCUUUAACUGCAAAGUGCUGCAGUUGAUGGAGCUUGGCUUUGAAGAAGGGCAAAGUGUCCUGCUGCUGGAGAAAUUUUCAACUGUGCAGGCUGUUCUGUCCUCUUGUUCUGAUGUUCCCAGGGCUGGGAGCCAAGAGCCAUCAGUAGUGCAACCAGGAAGUCCUUGUCCAUCUCUGUGGGUGGGAAAUGUGACAACUGAGCUAACUGAGAAACACCUUUGGGACCUUUUUAAAAUGUAUGGUGAGAUAGAGAGUAUCCGAGUGCUGCAUGAGAGAUUCUGUGCCUUUGUCAACUUCAAGAAUGCAAACAUGGCAGCUCGUGCCAUGGAGAAACUAAAUGGUUAUUGUAUCGAGAACACGCGUUUAGUGGUACGCUAUCCUGACCGCCGCACUCAGAGGGUCCUUCCCAUUCCACUUAAGACCUGCGUCCCUGUCACACAGCAAGCGGGGGCAGCUGCUGGACCACGACGUCGUGGCCCAGUGAACGGAGACGAGUGUUACUUCUGGAGAACAACCGGCUGCCAUUUUGGGGACAAAUGUCGCUACAAACACAUUCCUGAUCAGAAAGGCAAGGACAGGAAGCCCUGGCAGCCUUGAACUCGGCCUACUCUCUGCUCUAGUAGUGUGCAGGAAACUUGGAUGCACAGACAAAGCCAAAGGAGCCGGCACUUACUGGACCAGGUUCCUUGGGCUAAAAAUAUUUACUGUAGCAGAAUGGACUGGAAUAGUCGUAGGAUCGGAGCCAGCACUCAGGCUCUAAGGCAGGGAUAGUCACACAUGUGCCAUAAAAGACUGGGAGUAUGAAGGUUUUUAUUUCAGGCCAAGACUAAACUGAGCAAUAUUGCUCAGUAGUACAUCAAUCAGUCUCUGUUUUAAAUAAAAACCUUCAUAAUCACAGCACUUCAUGGCACAAAGUGACCUAUUCCUGCUUUAGGGGAAACAACCUAGAGCCACAACCAGGAAGUGAAAAUGCCUGGGUCCACUGUUGAAAAAGGAGUGACGACUCAGUCAUAUACAGCAGUAAUGAAAGGACUCGGUAUGGAUUUUUUCAGGCCAAGGUUCUUUCAAUCCUCGCCACCUUCCUUCUUUAGAAACUCCAUCACAGAGCAGUGUUUCUCCCCAUUUUUAAAGUUUAGUCACUUGACGAAUACAGUUUAGGUUUAUCCAUGGCCCUCAACUGCUCACACCAGUCUGCAGUUCAUACUGGGGCUGGGGCCACUGGUUCCUCUGCCAGUAUCUGCACAUUGUUGACCAGACCAAAGACGUAGCAACAGACAAACUUGACAUUUCAGUACUUCUCUAUAUAGAUGAGGGUUUUCUUUUAGCUAGUAAGCUACAGAGCAGUGACCCAGAGAGGUGCCUUUAAGAUGAUCAUAAGUGGCUAAAUAGACAAGGGAUAACAGAAUUGAACAUAUUAAUGCAUGCAGUAGGUGUAUAUGUCACUUAAUUUACACAUAGCUGCCCUUUUGUUAAACUGUUGAAUACACACACACUGCAUGCCUGUUCAGUUUUCCUGACAUGAUUGAGGACUCAUUGUGCUUCAUAGCCAUAAUUGUUGGAUAUGGAAGAAGUAACAGAAACACCUGACGAUAUCAUGAAAUUUAGGAGAAUGCUAGCUUUAUGAAGGCUGCAGUAUUCAGUAUUUUGGUGAGACUAUGUCAGAGAGGUAUUGUUUCAAUUCUGUUAUGAGGCCAUAGUUUUAGUUUAGUUGUAUUGGAUUGUGUGAAAUGUCAAGUGUGGCGUUCUUCAGUUCACUUCUCCCCGGUUUUGCGGACUGUAGGAGAACUAGUUGUGGCACUGAUCUGCGUACCCAAUGCAAGUGAAUAGCCUUCCUGAGUUUUUAUCUCAGCAUUACAAUAUGAAAUAUGCUUUCCAGGUGUAUUUACACAGUAGACACCACAGUGCUUUUCGUCUAUGCAAAAGAAAAGUUCGGACUUGAUUGUCAGUUCUGUGUCUGACCUACACACACCUACAACCUCUGGCAGAAGUAGACUGUUUCUGUCGGUUAAUGCCUGUGACAGACAGGGCGAUUUCUUUGGUAAAGUACUUCAUACUACAGGACGGUGCCUUGGAAAAAUUCACACUCAUUCAUGUGCAAACACAAAUUCACGGUCAUGUGUGUAACAUGAUCUGUUUAAAGAACUUAUGAACCUUGAAAAGCAGUGUUUUUGACCUUAUGGGGGGGGUCUCCAUUUCAGUAUUUCAGUGAACCAAAGAAUGCUUCAUCUGAUGCAUCUGCACUGAAAACAGCCUCGUUCUUUCAUGAGUUUCAACACAACCGUGCAUUAAAACCCAUUGUCAUGUGUCUGUAUCAUCCACUAGAUAACAAUUACAGCUGGUUUAAGUCCACACUACGUUCACUAGUAAGCUAUGCACAGCAUAGUGAGAGUAUUUAUUUUCCUAUUUAUACUUAAGUUGUUUUUUUUUCUAUUUCUUUUUUUACAACAUACCGUAAGUCUUUCAUUCUCUUUGUCUUUUCACUUCAUGGUAGGUUAAAGAAAUGUCCCCUCCUCUGUUUAUUUCUGGCUUUAAGAGACAAGCAUUAUUAAGAACAAUUGGUGCAAACACUGUCUAAUGCUUCACUUCACUUCCUCUUGUAUUACUUUCUGUCUUACGGCUAAAUCUAGUGAAAAAUGAAUUGAACACACCUUUAGACUGCACUUGUCGAUAAAACAAACUUGUUUCGUAUUUGACUGGUGCUGUUAACUAUGGUUGUGUAGUGCAUUUAAUUUUGCAGACUAAUAACGUGUUUGAUGUCUCCGAAGCAUAUUUUGAUUUCAUCUUGUGGAUAUUUCAAAAUUGGACAGAUGCAAGAUUUCCCUGAGUUUAAUUUUAUCUAUUUGGUAUGUUUUUAUGGAUUUUUAAUUAUGAUGUACACAUUGAUAACUAGAGCACUGCAAUCUUGUUAAUCUUCCAAAUAUUUUGUAUUAUCGUUACUGCACUGCAAAAGAGUCUUUUAUAUUUAAUAAAUGUAUUUGAACCACC